AUGCAGAAAUCACUUGUGAAUCUCUUCUUCGCGUUUGUGUGCGGUGUAACUGUUGUUUCCGCAUUUCACAUGCAAAACGACCCGUCCCAAAUAGCACGAGUGUGCACGGGACGAAUAUCACAAAUCUGCCAAUCCGCUGGUAUGAGAUGUAGAGCUAACCAGGCCUUUGAUGCUGAUAUUCCUCAUGCUGUUUGUGAUAGGAUGAACGGCAGGACACGUGGUAUCAGACCGGCUGCUCUGUUAGCCAGACAAGGAAGGAUGAGACAACAGAAUAUAGGAGGACAGUUCGGAGGAAUGGCCACUAAUAUUGGGCGUACACGAGGCUUUGGAAGAGGGACAGCCGGACUAGGUGUUGAUGGUCAAGCAUUUGGCGGACGGUUAGGACGUGCGAUGGGUAACGGAAUGGCUGGAGGACGGGGAAUUCGAGGAGGUAUGGGAAUCAAUGGGCUGGACCAGAUCGAAUUCGGAGGACAAGAGAUAGGAAAUGGACUGGGAUUUGGUGCUGGUGGACGUCAAUUUGGAGGAGUAGUGAACGGCGGUCUUGGGCGCCGUCAACAAUUCACGAGGGGAUUAAACACAGGCCUCGCAGGUACCGGAAACGGUGGAGUUGGAAUGAGAGGGGGCGUAGUUAACCGUCAGUUGACUUCUGGUGGUGUUGGAUUGAAUGGAGGAAUAAAUGGAUUGAACAGUUUGAAUGGUGGACUGAAUGAGGGAUUAAAUGGUGGCUUGAACACUGGCUUGAACAGUGGAUUAAUCGGAGGAAUGUCGGGUAGAUUAGGAACGGGUGGAACUACAGCUAACCGUCAAGUAGCUAGUUCCUUCCAAAGUUCUGGACUAGGAGGGCAGCAGUUUGGGGGAUCACAGCUGGGAGAUGGACUCAACUUGGGACUAUCACAAGGACAGGGAGACUUUGGAGGAACCAGUCAAACAUUUAACAGCGGAGCUGGAAACAACCAGUGGAUUUAG